UGGAUUAAACAGAGAAUUCAUAAGGUGCUUCUGGCUAUUGUCCUAGGUAGAAUAAUCUAUUUCACUUUAUUCCUCAUUUUCAUGAAAAUGAUAGCUAAUGAUUUUAACUAUAAUUGGACAAAAUUGGAACAAAACACAACAUUCACUUUUUUAGGUACUCUAAAUGCCUUCUUAGUCUACCAUAGCCUCUAUAAGGUGAUUCUCAUUUUCUUUUUUGUAGUGUCUCUGACAUCAUUACUUCUUUUAAUCUUCUCUUUAUGGAGACACCUUAGGAGGAUGAAACUACAGGGCAUACAUACCAAAGACUCAAGCACAGAAGCACAUUUAAGAGCUAUGAAAACUAUAAUGUCAUUCCUCUUGUUCUUCAUCAUAUAUUAUAUUAGCAACACUUCACUUAUUUUGUCAAACUUCAUUUUUGACAAUGUAGUUGCACAAACUUUCUCUUAUAUCCUAACAUUUCUGUAUUUAUCUAUUCAUCCUUUUCUUCUGGUUUUAUGGAACAACAAUUUGAAGCGGGCAUUUAAGUACGUAUUGACAAAGCUUCUGUGUCAUAAUAGAGGUUAUCCUUUGUUUGAGUAA